AAUCAACGCGUAUACGUACAUACAUAUACAUUCCAGCUGCUGGGCGAUUCUCACGUGACGAACACGGAAUGGCGUUUGUCCAGAAGAUUUUGCAAGUGCCACAUCAAGAGUGUUUCACGGAAAGGUUUUGGAAAGAAUUCCAAAUAUGGACGCCACUUGACACCCUGUGCACAACAAACUGACUGCAUGGUUUGAAAAAUUCAGUUUUCUGAAUUGGCGGCCUAACGUUAGGCUAAGGCUAAGCAUGGACUAAGAGCACAGGCUAGGCUACCACUCGAUCUGAGCUUCUGGAAAACAUGGCUUCAUCAGCAGACCUAAAAGACAAUCCAUCUUUCAAGUGUCGUCGCUGUCGACAGUUUCUAUUCAGUGCUGCCAAUGUUCUUCAAUCUGCCCUGCCAGAUGGCAUAGCAACACCGCAGCUUCAUGGGAAUCAGUCAAGAUCUGAUUGUGCACUGUGGUAUAUCAGCAAUGAUGCCAUACCACCAUGGAUUCAGAGUGCGAUUGGAGAGGCCCGGUGGACCAAGGGAAAGCUUGCUUGUCCCAAGUGCAGGGGUCGCCUGGGGUCAUUUGAUUUCUUGACCCCCAGCAGUAGGCGCUCUGCUGAUCGGCGUCAGGCCAGGUCCUGCAUUCACAUCAUCGGCAGCCGAGUCGACCGAGAGGCAUCCCAGGCCAUGUUAGCAUAUCUGAGGAGGGCGAACCAAUCACAGGUCAAAGGUCAAAAGGCAGCAGCUUCUCCAGUGAGCACCCUGGAGACAGUUGCCGUGACAACUGGCAGUGACCAUCUCAGAGAGAACGGUGGCAGUGCUCUGCCAAAGGGUCAUCACCAUUUCAAUAGGGUCAAGUUAGAGGCCAGAUCAUUGUCUGACACAUCGGUAAAUGCUGACCAAGAUCUGUGCCACGAGAAUAGCGUGAAUUCUGUAGCUGAGGAUUAUUCCAAAAAGCAUAAACUAACAUCUUUCAAAGGAGCCAUAAAUACAUCAAACUUUGAGCCAGCAUCAAGAAAUUCCGAAUUAGCGAUUGAGGCACUUCGCACCCCAAACAAUCGUAUGAAUUGUGAAGUAAGAGCAACUUUAAGAGUUCCAGUUAACCGGUCAGCACUCAGGACAGCACUGUGCAGGGAUGGCCCACCAUUUUCCGAGAAGACCCUUGGAAACAGUCACAUAGGGCCAAAACCCAGCAAUGGAAAUACGUGUACUAAUGCUGAGUAUGCACCCUGCACUCCAGGCACUAGCUCGGUUGAUGAGAUUAUACAGUUUGGUUUCUGUACUCCAGAGCAUGAUGUAUCUAUGGCAAAGCGCAGCAGAACAGGGCAUGCACUUUGUGAUGUGACUAUGUUAAAUGACAGUGACACACAAAGCGACCCUAGUACAAUGAAAACUGAUAAAUUUUCAGAUGAAGAAGUAACUGGAAGGAUAGUUCAGUCACAACAGUCAAACCAGAGCACUUCUUUGUGUCUGUAUAGCGAGGAUUUGUUCAACAAACAACCAGUCAGAAAUGCCCAAGCUGCUCAACGACAAUCAUUCAACCUACAGCAUUCAGAUGAGGGCAGUGUUUCAGAACAGGCCAGCAGUGGUUUAACGGAUACCCUGAACACUCCAUUGCCCGAAACUUGGCAAGGCGUCCUUGAUGAACUUUUGUCGGACCUUGAUCGGGACAGGGACGGGACGUCACCAAGUACCAAGAGGAGGAGCAACAACAUUAAUCAGCUGGAGGGUGAGACGGACACAGACGAGCAGCAGGAUGAGAAUACAGAUGGGGCAUGGGCAAGCCAGGACAGUAACCACAAUGACAGCCAGGGCGUGUCUGCCCGCCUCCAGCGAGCCGUCCUGAGAGCGCAGCGACGAGAGAGGAACAAGAGGAAGAGUGCCCGGAGGAAACUGCGGAGGCGGGAGCGGUGGAAGGAGGAGAAGGAGGUGGAAGAACGAGCACUACUCGCAGAGGAGGAGAUGCUCGACUGUGACCCCGCCAAGAUCUCGGCCCUCCUGGACACCUCUCUGUCCAGUGCGUCGGUCCGCGAGGCUUUGACCUGCCCUGUCUGUCUGGACCUCUACCUCAACCCCCACCACUGCCUGCCCUGCCGGCAUGUCUUCUGUGAGCCCUGCCUGCGUCGCCUGGCCUGCACCACCCAGAUGACAUUCACCACACCCUGCCCACUCUGCCGAACGAGCAUACAAAGCACCACGCCUGACAACAAGUUGACAGCAGCAAUUGAAGAAUCCUUCCCGCGACUGAUAGCACACCGCAAACAGGCCGAACGGAAAGCACUCAACAGAUUCUACCCUCUGCCCGGCCACCGUACGCCCGCCUCUCUCACGCUGUGGAUCAAUCAGAUGCUGGCCAGCCACAACAGGGGGGGACUGCACCACUGGAGAUGGUGGGGUCGGCAGGAGCGAGUCAUGGUGGGGCAGAUUGCCAACAUGGGGUGGCGGCUGGGCGCAGUCCUGGGGCUGAUGGUGGCUGUGACUGUGCUGUACUGCGGUUUCCUGCUCCUAAUGGUCAGCUACUUCUGAGUGUGAAUACUGGCGUAAAAAUUCCUGUCGAUUGCGGGCCUUAACAAACCUCAGCUAUAGACUUCUUGUGACAUGUUUGCAAAGAGAACCCGCAUUCUAGAAACUUAAUACAGGACCAUGUGGCACACAUAAAUGUUAGUGUUUUGCAUGAGAAUGGUAAAACAUAUAACAUGGUUUAUAGAAUACAGAAAUGACGAUGUCACAUGCACAGUUAUGUAAGUAAACGGCAUUAGUGUGAGAACUAGCACGUGAUCCAACAGGCACAUGCAUUCCAUGGUUCAAAAUGAUGUCACACCUCGGUACUCUAUUGCAAACAGAUAAUCAAUAACAAAUUCCUAUUUCAAGAUCUUUGUCUUUUAUUCAGAAAACAUACCUCCUAUACAUGAAUAUGUUUUUUCUUAACUCUUUGAAAAUACCCAAAGAUGUGUCAGGUAAUGUCAAGCAAAUUUUAAAAACCUGUUUUACAUAACACAUUGAUAAAAGUAUAUAUAUGUAAAAUGAAAUAUUACACUGUAAUGUUAAAAGCUUAACCUCUUAUGUAAUAUCCCAUCAUGAAGUGCCUUUUAGUGUACAAUGGUGUAGAUUUUGAGUUGCAUUACUGAAGUUUGGAGCAAGCAAGCAAUAAUUUUCUACCUAAUGUCUGAUGGUGGUCAAGUUUAAUGCUUAACUGUUAUUACAAAUGAAGACUGCUUUAGAAUUUUUCUGUGGCAAUAAAUAAAGUGCAGGAGAGUACUAUCAAUCCAAUCCUAUGGGCUGUUCACUAGACCAAAAUGACAAAUUUUCAAGUUCAGGUAUAUAAAUUCUUUAAAAAAAAAAAA